AUGGCUGACGAAUGUUACUCUUCACCGUUAGAUAUUCCAUCUUCGACUGUACUGAUCACCGGUGGAUCAAGUGGAAUUGGUCUUGGUCUUGCUCGAUGUUUUGUUCAAAUGAAUGCCACUGUCAUAAUCACUGGUCGUCGUGAACAACAAUUAAUCGAAGCAGCAAAUGAAUUGAAUCGGCUGGGAAAGAAAAAUGUGAUUUAUCAUGUCAACGAUGUAGAUAAUAUCAAUGAACGACGAGCUCUUUACAAAUGGAUCGUUGAUGAAUAUCCUCAAACAAAUGUUCUGAUUAAUAAUGCAGGCAUUCAACAGGCAGUCUCUGUUGCAACCAGUGAUAAAUUUGCCGAAGACUCGUCUUGGGAGGAGCAAGAAAAGACGAUUCGAAUCAAUCUAUCAGCACCGAUGCAUCUAUCCUAUUUAUUUAUUCAACAUUUUCGUCAAAUGAACGUAACAACCGCCAUUGUAAACGUUUCAUCAGGUCUGGCGUUCGUACCUUUAGCAUCAAUAUCGAUCUAUUCGGCAACAAAAGCAGCGCUACAUUCGUUUACUAUGAGCCUUCGUUAUCAAACGAUGAAGGAAAUGAAGAAUAUUCAAGUCUACGAAAUUAUCCCGCCAGCUGUACAAACAAAUCUUGGCGGUGGGCAGUCAUUUGGUGAACCGCUUGAUGAAUAUUGUCGAGCAACAUUUGCAAGUUUACUUCAAGGUCAACAUGAAAUUGUCUACAAAAUAUCGGAGACAAUGAGAAAAUUGAUAUCGCGUGAACAAGUUGCUGAAUUGUUCAUGAAAAUGAAUGAUGACUUAAUGGCAACAAUUCAAGAUCCGCCGAUUUGCUAA